AUGACACCAGGAACUCCAGACCAUGCAACAAGCCCCACUAGCAGCGUUACUCCUCGCCUCUCUACUCGGAAACACCCCCUUGAGGAUGCUUACGAUGGCUCGGACAACCGCCGCAAAGAUCCAAAAGUCAGCCGCGCCUGCGACUCCUGUAAGGUCAAGAAGAUUCGAUGCUCAGGCACAGCCCCAUGUGAACACUGCAACAGGAGGCGCUUGAUAUGUACCUAUGCCAGCAAAUAUUCGCGUGGUCGACCUCCUACACCUCCACCCCUAUCCACAUCCAGAGAGCAAGAAACUGCCUGCACUGGCCAAAGAUCAAAUGCGCAACAUACGGGUUCCAGAAGUACCUCCAAUAUCAGUGAAAAUAUACAAAUCAACGAACGACCUCAGGUUAACAUCGCCGAAGAGGCCAGUGGUCCUUCGGUGAACGUCGGAGAUGGUGCUCCAUCACGCGCAUCACCGGAGCUAGUGAUCGAGGGACAGUAUGUCGAUCCAACGUCUGGCCUCACAUCUUUCCAUCAAGCAUGGCGCAAGAUUUCUAUGCAAAAGGGAGACAUUCAAUCCCCAAGGUCGAGUGAGGCAGAGAUGAAUCAGCCCUUAGUUUCCGCUGGAGACCGACCUUUCUACCAAGACGCGCAUAGUUCGGAUCCGUUUCCCGAUGCUCUCACGGCGCGCCGCUUACUGAAUUUUUACUUCGAGUCCUGUGUUGUUACCUAUCGAGUAUUCCACCAACAAACCGUGGAAAGCUGGCUAGAUACUAUCUUGGACAAUCGGCGAGCAAAUCGCCCAAUAACGCAUACCAUCAAGAAUGCUAAAUAUAGCAUUAUUUUGACGAUUCUGGCAAUCGCACGCUUUCGCAUUUCAAAGGUUGAACGGAAGUUUCCUAACAACGACGAGGCGUCAGCUCUCCAGGAAACUGACCCCUUAUUUUGCGCGGCGAUGCAUCUUACCGAUACAGAGAAGGGAUUUCCGCGGUUGGAGUCAGCCCAGGCCAGACUAAUCCAAGUGCUAUAUCUCCUCCAGACAUCUCGAGUGAAUCGGGCUUGGUAUGUAUUCGGUAACGUCUAUCAGAUUGUCUCGUCGCUGGGCCUCCAUAGGCGGCGCUCAAGGAAACAAAACAUUCCCUCAAAUGGUCCUUCGAAUUAUGUCAAGGCCCAAUGCGCCAAGCGUGUCUUCUGGGUCACAUAUACCAUCGAUAAGUAUCUUAGCGUGGUGAUGGGCCGGCCACAGCUUCUGCACGAUGAUGACAUCGACCAAGACUUUCCAGACAGCGUUAACGACGAGGACAUUGGGCCUGAUGGUCUCCUAAGCGUAGAGGAUCCUGAGGAUUGUCACGUAGAUGCUCUUAUCUUUCAUGCAAAGAUCGCGCAUAUCAUCGGUCGCACAUCACGUCAAGUGUACUCAGUUGGUAGUUCAGUUGGUGAGAGCCGAAAGGCGGCUGCAUAUCGUAUUGUUCACGAGCUUCACGUUUGGCGGGCCAACCUCCCCUUACACCUGGGCACGAUCAAGCCCUCUACGCUAAUACCAAGCUUCCGAAGAGAGGCCACAGCACUUCAACUCGCUUAUUCCCAUGCACUCAUACAUGUAAAUCGGCCUUUUUUACUCGGCGAUGUAGUUAGUUCUGAUGACGAUCCCGAGGCAAAAGAUCGAAUAGCCGAAUGUAUCUCCGCUGCGAAAGCGGUUUUAGAACUAGUCAACACAAUGGCGAAAGACACAAACCUGCUCCAUUCCUUUUGGUGGACCCAUUAUGUGACCUUUUGCGCACUCGCCGUGGUAUAUAUUUGGAACAUACAGUGCAAGGCACGCAAUGGUCAACAGCCUGAGAAUGAAUCAUCGUACGUCAAGCUCUUUGACCUCGCUGAGAAGUGUCGGGCUCAAUUAGCUUGGACUGGCUCGCCAGCAUCACCUGGGCGAAAGUACGCGGCGAUUUUGGAGGAGCUACGCCUGGAGGCCCAACGCGAGACAAUCAAUAACACGCAUACUGAUUCCGGACAAAGAACGGUUCAAGGUUCAGGACAUGACAAUUCUCAGCUCAAUAUCUUCGAUAGUUCCGAGCUAGCUGAAGCACCCUUUGAAAGUAUAGCCUCGACAGAUAAAUCUGUGAAUCCUGUUCCUAGCAUGCUGGACGCAUGGCAAGCUGUCGACUGGUUGGACCUAGAUGCUUCUGCUUUCUACUCAGCUCUAGAUGAUCUAGGAAUCUCACCAACGUGGUAA